CCCUCCCCUUCUCCCCCUCUUCCAAGGCCUUCUUCUUCUUCUUCUUCUUCUUCUUCUCUUCUUCUUCUUCAAUGGGGCGAUCCCCUUGCUGCGAGAAAGCCCACACCAACAAGGGCGCUUGGACCAAAGAUGAAGACCAACGCCUUGUCGAUUACAUCCGCCUCCAUGGCGAGGGCUGUUGGCGCACUCUCCCCAAAGCCGCUGGAUUGCUUCGAUGUGGCAAGAGCUGCAGGCUUCGCUGGAUCAACUACCUUCGCCCUGAUCUCAAGCGUGGCAAUUUCACCGACGAGGAAGAUGAACUCAUCGUUAAACUCCAUAGCCUUCUCGGAAACAAAUGGUCUGUGAUUGCGGGUCGGUUGCCGGGAAGAACGGAUAAUGAAAUCAAAAACUAUUGGAAUACCCACAUCAAGAGAAAGCUAAUCAGCCGUGGCAUUGAUCCACAAACUCACCGCCCUCUUAACGAAUCCGCCGCCGUCUCCACCCGUUUCGGGUACCUAAAUCAUGAAUAUCCCAACACCAACACCAACACCACCACCAACAACAAUUCUUCUUCUUCCUCCUCUGUUCCCGUGGCAGAGCUUCCGAUUAUGAAGCCAACGAUCAUCAACGCGCCGUCGUUGGACAUCGACGAAGAAGGCAGCGGCACCACCACAGAGACGGAGCCGGCGGCGACCCAUGUGAAGACAGAGGUGAAUUUGGAGCUUUCAAUUGGGCUACACCCAUUUCAGGGAGAGACAGCCAGAGGGUCGCCGAGGAGCUCUGCAGAGUCGAGAUUGCGAGAAAGAAGCCCGUAUCAGUUGGGGUCACUGUGUUUGUGUUGCCAAUUGGGAUCGGACAACGGCGGAGAGUGUCGCCGGAAUUGCCAGAAUUCCAAGGGGUGGUUGUUUGGGGUCCGGCCAAGUGCUCUGGGUUCUUCAUAGACACAUUUUUACAAACAGCUUGUGGGGGAAGAAGAGAAUAAUAUGAAAUCUAAGUCUCCCACCACUUUGAUUAGAUAAAAAAUUAAAUUAUUGUAAUGUAGAUAUAGAUAUGUAGAUUAACAAGAUUUUUAUUUACUCCAAAAUUAAUAAAAAUUAAUUAAAAAAAAUUAAU